AACAGUAGUAGCCUAGUUGGCAACACUAAGUGCCAGAUCUGUGUGGUGUGCGCCGGCAUCGCACGUGAACGUGUCUCAAAAAUCUCAAUAAAUUAGUGAAAUCACCAUGUCGGACGAAUAUUUCUAUGGUGUAACGCUAUCGGCGUCACAUCAGUCUGAGACAUGGGACCCUGAAGCAAAGGCCGAAUACCCUCGUGCUAACAAGUUGCUUAUUCGCCAAGCGCUGUUGGGUCCUGAUGCCAAGCCAGAUGAACUCAAUGUUGUUCAGGUGGAAACAAUGUCACUUCAGGAGACUGUUAAGAUUCCAGUAGCUGUUCUAAAAGCAGGUGAGACGAGGCAUGCUCGUCUUGACAUCGAGUUUCCAGAUGCACCUGUUGCAUUUACUCUUAUUCAGGGGUCCGGGCCAGUGCACUUAAUUGGCCAGCAUUCUCUUGGUGCCCUUGUGGAGGAAUUUGAAGACAUGGAAGAAAUGGAGGAAGAGAUGUUAGAUGAAGAGGAAGGUGAUGAUUCUCAGUUUAAGGAAGAUGUGAAUAAAAGGAAAGCAUCAGCAGGCAAGCGCAAGACGAAUGAGGACGAGGAUGAUGAAGAAGGCGAGCCAAAGGGGAAGAAGGCGAAAAUGUCAAACAAUGCCAAAGGCAAAGCCCCGUCGCCCAAGAAGAAUGCCAAGAAGUGAACCGCCUACAGCGCCCGCCCCGCCGGGCCGCGUCCGCCCUCGCAAUGACGCGCCGCACAAAGCGCCCAAACUUUGAGUCAGAUAGACCAAUUCCAUUUAAGACUGACUACAUCCUCAAUCAUUUAAAUUUAGGUAUACUUUACCUAGUGUAAUUAUGGAGAUAUUUUGUUUACGUUAGCAACACAGGCCAGUUCUUGGCGGCUCAGGUAAGGCGCGACAGCGGGGCGUAGGCGUGGCCGGCGACCGGCGUAUCUCUUAGUUGUAUGACAUAGUGUGGUAAUUCAGUCUAGGUUAGCAUUGUAUCGACUCGAGCGUGCCUGGGUGAGUGGAAGUGUGAGUAUUUGUUUGUGAUAGUUACUUACUGGUCGAGGUAUCUGCAAACUUAUCGAUCCAAUCCUGUGUGGUUACCGAUGAUCGAGUGUGAUUUCUUCAUUUAUUUUUUUGUAUUUUUUCUAAACUAAAUUUCCAUUCCUUACUGUGGUAUAGUGUUAUGGAUGUCAAAUUUAAUAUUAAAGUAAGUCUUAAAUUCACAGAUGUAUUUUUAAGUUAUAAGACCUAAUUAAGCAUAAUCAGUGUACUUUUAAGACAUUGGUCGAAAUGUAAUUGACUUUGCUAACGAUUUCUCAUUUCAGAAUGAUAAACUGAUAAUCUAUUAUAGUUUGUUUGUACAUAUACAUUAUUAAAAGCAUAAGAACGGUAACAAUAAAAAGCAUUUCUAAACAUG